GUCGUCUCGCCUUCGCCUCGCUCUCCAUCCCAUCUCCUCCAAUCGAUUCCGUCCCAAACUCCAAAUCCGCGGCGACCUCAACAGAAAAAAGCCGCCUCCUUUACCAAACGCGGAAGCAAAAUUCACGGAUUGCCCCACCCGAUCGCCGGCGAAUCGACCCGACGCGACCCGCCCGAGCGGUCCCAUGGCCGGGACUGAGCGGGCCCACCGCCCAAUCGACCCGCCGCGGCCCGGCGGCGGAGGCUCCGGGGAGGCCGGCGGCGGCGACUCGCCGGCGAGGUGGGACGACGACGGCGAGCGCGUUGAAGGCCUGGCGGGACUCAACAUAUUUGACCAAGAGGCAGACGAGUCACCUGCCAAAAAUGGCACGGGCAACAGCCAUGAUGCUAGCUGCGCCCCCAUUGCUAAUGGAUGCAUCACGGAUACAACUGAAACUUUAAUAGAGACGGAACCAGGAAAAUGUUUCUACGAUGAACCACUUCAUGAACAUACGGGCAUUUGGGUGCCUGUUUCUGUCCCACCAAUGACGGCGCAGGACCGUGAGGAGUGGCACAGGGGGUUUGGUUGCAAUGGUGGGUACUUCCCGGAGGAAGAGUUUAGCUGGGAGCUGGAUGAAGACAAUAAGGAGAUGACGAUGUGGGAUGUGUUUGCUGAUAUGGUUGUUGCGGCAAAAGAUAGAGUGAAAUCUGCUGCUACAUAUGAUUUUGGGAGAUGCGGGAUGUCGGUGGUAUCCAACUUCUUCCUCCAAGAAGCCUGGAAGGAUAUGGCGCAAACACUUGCAGAUGCUAAUGCUGGUAUUGCGAAUGAGCUACUUGAGACAGAGCCAACAAAGUGGUUGCCUGACAGUGCUGCUACCUCUUGCAUGCUCUGCAGCGUACGAUUUCAUCCGAUAAUAUGCUCUCGCCAUCAUUGUCGUUUCUGUGGUGGUGUAUUUUGUAAUGGUUGUACAAAGGGUAGAAGCUUAAUGCCUCCAAAAUUUAGAACUUCAGAACCUCAAAGGGUUUGUGAUGUCUGUGGAGUACGGCUUGAGAGUAUACAACCACAAUUGAUGAAUCAGAUCAGUCGUGCGUCACAACUUCCAACUCGGGAUGUGACAGACCUGAGUACCUUGAGGUCAUGGCUGAACUUCCCUUGGGCACACACAAUGGAAUACGAGAUAUACAAGGCUGCAAAUUCUUUACGCAGUUACUGUAAGGUAGGAAGGUUGAAACCAGAGAAGGCUAUACCUGACGCUAUUCUUAGACAAGCAAAAGGUCUUGCUAUAGUUACUGUAGUGAAGGUCGGGAUGAUGGUUACAUACAAACUUGGCACUGGGCUGGUUGUUGCUCGAAGGGCCGAUGGCUCCUGGUCACCUCCUUCAGCAAUCUCCACCUGUGGUGUUGGAUAUGGAGCUCAGGCUGGAGGUGAGAUAGCUGACUUCAUCAUUGUUCUGAGGAAUACGGAUGCCAUCAGGACAUUCAGUGGAAAGGCACAUCUAUCUGUUGGUGCUGGUGUUAGUGCUUCUGCUGGCCAUGUCGGACGAGUAGCUGAGGCUGACUUCCGUGCUGGUGAUGGUGGCUAUGCUGCAUGUUACACAUACAGUUGUAGCAAAGGUGCCUUUGUGGGCUGCGAGUUCAAUGGCAGCAUAGUAUCAACUCGAGACACUGAGAAUGCUCGAUUUUACGGUGGCCCUGUCAAGGCCUCUGACAUCCUUCUGGGAUCCAUGGCCAGGCCACCUGCAGCCUCCCCUCUGUACAAAGCCCUGCCUGAAUUGUUCGACAGGAUUGGGAAGUAACCCUCUCCUCCUUUAGGCAUCUGGCAGCUGGCAUGCCAUGCCGCCUCCUUGUAAAUACAUUCAGGUCCUCGGAUUUGCGCUCGUCACACAUUCGUUGGAAGCAAUUAUGCAACUGUACAGUACGCCAUUCUUCGACACAUCAAAGGUUCCUUUUCGUUCGUGAGUGUUAAGUGGGUUCAAACAACAUAUCCACUCUGUAAAUAUUGUACAUUGGGUUGACAAUUACAUCAAGAUAUGAAAGAGAAAAAGCUUAUCCUCCCUGCA